CACACUCGUUUAAUCCCCAAACACCCCACCUUCGUUCUCAACCGUCAACAUGAAGGUCGCUGCCAUCCUCUCCCUCGCCGUGGGUGCUCUCGCCAUCACCGAGAUCAUUCCCGGCCUUCCCUCCUCCACCACCACCACCUCUAUGGAGACCACCACUGCGGACUCCACCACCUCCGCCGCUACGUCCGCCGCUACCUGCGACGCUGGUGAAGGCCCGUGCUCAAAGGAGUCCGACUGCUGCUCUGGCAUUUGCGACGGUCUUUUGGAGCCUAUCCUGGAGCCUGUUUUGGAUCCUCUCGAGCCUGUUCUGGACCCUGUCUUGGAUCCCCUGGAUCCUCUCCUUGAUCCUCUCCUUGGACAGCGCCGUCGCCGCGAUACCGAGCCUGUCCAGAACCUUUUCGGAUCAUGCAGGCCUGUCGAGAGCAGCAGCACCACCACAGCCACCGACUCCGCCACGACCGACUCCGCCACGACCGACUCCGCCACCAGCACCACCGAGGAGGCGACCAUGACCACGACCACUGACGGCAAGCCGUACCACCCGACCGAGGCCCCAUACUACCCAAGCGAGACCUCUUACUCUGGCUGCCCAUACCCCACCACGUACGAGGUCAAGCCGACCGAGUACGCCACGACUAUCGUGUACGAGCACUCCACCGCAACCGUCACUGUUUGCCCAACGGUCAAGCCUGCGCCCACAUACCCUGCGAAGGAGACUGUCUACACGGAGGUGUACGUUACGUACAUUCCCGUGACCAAGACUGAGCCGACCCCAACCACCUACGCGACCGUCAGCACCGUGACCGUCACCGUGCAGCCGAGUAAGACUGCCUGCCCAUCGAAGCCGGCGGCCUCCCCAGCGGCUCCAGGUGCUGCUCAGCAGAUCCCUGACGGCCAGGUUCAGAGCCCAGCCGGUGGAGCCAACGCUUCGCCCGUCCAGCAGAUUGCUGACGGCCAGAUCCAGAACCCCGCUGGACCUGCCCCAGCUGCCCCAGCCUACGGCGGCAAGGCCAGCAACGGCACCGCCUCUCCCUCCGCUCCUCAGACCUACACCGGUGCCGCCGGCAAGCAGAUCGCCAGCUUCGGCGCCGUCGUCCUCGGCGCCGUCGUCGCCGCCUUGUAA